CUUGCCAAGUUGCCAUCCAUGCCCUUACAGUGUGUGUGUGUAUAUAUAUACCCGCACAAACCACCAGCAAACAAGGCGGUGCGAGACGCAGGGACAUUAGUACCGCAGUUUCAACGCCACCGCUUCUCCACUUAUCAUUUCUGUUGAAGCAAUGGAAGGUUUUAACAAUUCGGUGUCGAUGUGCCCUGUAGACCAACACUGUUCUCAAUGGGCGGAAGAAAACAUGAGCUAUUGCCUGUGCAGCACCACAGAUUUGAUCUCGUUGACAUUGGGUGUGAUUAGUGUUCUUAGCUGGGGGGUUGCUGAGGUACCUCAGCUUAUCACUAAUUACAAGGAGAAAUCGGUGGAGGGUCUUUCUCUCAUGUUCAUAACGACUUGGAUACUCGGAGAUUUGCUUAAUCUGAUUGGAUGCAAGCUAGAACCAGCAACACUUCCAACCCAAUACUACAUGGCAUUGUUAUAUACAGUGACAACCUUGUCUCUUGCUACACAGACCAUAUACUAUGGUCACAUUUAUCCGCGUCUGAAAGCCAAUAAACGACACUGCAAGAUUGAUAAUGUAGAGAAGCGCAGACCACAUAGUAAUGAUAUUGACAAAAAACAAGCUGAUAGUCCUCGUGGGUUGGAAAUUAGAAGCCAGUUGCUAGCAUGUGGAGUUGCUCCAAGUAUACCAAUCCCUCUUCUAUCCAACGAUCGUGGUUCUGUUGGGGGAGAGUUUUACUACACGUCAGCAAGAUCCCUAUCACGAAGUCAUACUCCAACAUGUGGAUUUUAUAUGCCAAAAAGGAGUAGUUCUGGCUAUGAAUGUAUCCCUGCUGAAGAGUCCUUAUUUGGGGAGCAUGAGUCAACUCAGUCUACACCUCCUUCAAAGACUAAAUCCUUGAUGUGUGCUGUUUCUACUCUGACAUUCUUUCUAAGCAUUUCUAAUCUACGGCAUGUCGAUAGCAAUGCUGCUGUUAUGCAAAAUCAAGGAUAUGUGGUGCAUAUGGGUAGAAAGCUAUUACAGGUAAAUGAAAGCUUAUUGAUAGAGUACGGAAGCAGUGGGGCUGCUGAUAUUGGCAGCUAUCUUGGCUGGGGAAUGGCAAUUAUAUACAUGGGUGGACGUCUUCCUCAAAUUUUUUUGAAUUUCAGAAGAGGCCAUGUUGAGGGGCUUAACCCACUUAUGUUCAUAUUUGCUCUCGUUGGGAAUAUCACAUAUGUUGGAAGUAUACUUGUGAGCAGCUUGGAUUGGGCAAAACUAAGGCCAAACCUGCCAUGGCUGGUGGAUGCUGGAGGUUGCGUGUUUCUUGAUACUCUUAUACUAGUUCAAUUUAUUUAUUUUUGGUAUCAUCCACCACAAAGUCACGAGAGUAAGGAUGAAAGCUCCAACAUUACUUAGAUGAAGACAGACUACCUGGCAGCCAAAGGUCAUGCAUCUGGCAAGAAGCUGCAACUUCAAAUCUUCUGUGAGAGCUGCUCGCGGUAGUCAUCUUAGCUGCUCCUUGCCACCUGAUAAGCUCUUGCACACAAAUUAAGAUUUGACCUGGACGUGGUUUACGGGGGCCUUGCUUAAGAUGAAUUGAGACAUCUGUUUCAUCUUAUUUUGUCAAAUGGAUAUCAAUUUUGUAUUAUAUUUUUCCCAUCCGCUUACAUGUUCUUUAAAAUUGAGAAUCUUUUAACAUCUCUACAAAAUUUUCUGUCGAUAAUGUCCUGUCCUUCACCUAUACUUGAAAAUCAUCUCAAAUUCAGUGGUUGAUUCAUUACUCUUUGUGAGCCAUGCAACUGGAGCAUAAAAGAUUUGUUGAGUGCAAAUUGGCAAGUUUUAUAAAGGAGUACAUUUGUUAUCUUUAACUGCAAAA